UAGAGCAGAAUAGAGAGCGCGAGUUCGGCGAGUUGCGAGCGGACGUGAGCAAGCCACAUAUCUUUCUGUUAGCAUCGAUCACCGUCGGCGUGAUGGCAGCUCAGUGGAUUCGUACAGCAAUCUCUUCAAAAAUCACCGGUGCGCGGCUUUAUAGCAGCAAGGUACACAAAUGCACUCUUAUUCCUGGAGAUGGCAUUGGACCCGAGAUUUCUAUUGCUGUACAAAAAAUCUUCGACGCUGCCAAGGUGCCAAUAGAAUGGGAAUCAGUUGAUGUAACACCAGUAAAAGGUCCAGAUGGCAAGUUUGGUAUACCACAAGCAGCUAUCGAUUCUGUCAAUAGGAAUAAAAUCGGUCUUAAGGGACCUUUAAUGACUCCAAUUGGAAAAGGCCACAGAUCUCUCAAUCUUGCACUCAGAAAAGAAUUUAAUUUAUACGCCAAUGUGCGACCAUGCCGAUCUUUGGAAGGAUACAAGACGUUGUACGAUAAUGUCGACGUUGUUACUAUCAGAGAAAAUACAGAAGGUGAAUACUCUGGUAUAGAACAUGAAAUUGUAGAAGGCGUCGUUCAGUCUAUUAAGUUAAUCACAGAAGAGGCUUCUCGUAGGGUAGCAGAAUUUGCCUUUCAAUAUGCUACAGACAAUAAUAGGAAAAAGGUUACUGCUGUACAUAAAGCGAAUAUCAUGAGAAUGUCGGACGGCUUGUUCUUGAGAUGUUGUCGAGAAGCAGCACAAAAGUUUCCAUCGGUCAAAUUCGAGGAGAGGUACUUGGAUACAGUUUGCCUAAACAUGGUACAGGAUCCAAGUCAGUACGACGUGCUCGUCAUGCCUAACUUAUACGGUGAUAUUUUGUCUGAUAUGUGCGCUGGACUCGUCGGAGGCCUUGGGCUGACACCAAGCGGAAACAUUGGUCUAAACGGUGCCUUGUUCGAAUCGGUACACGGAACUGCACCCGAUAUCGCCGGUCAAGAUAAGGCGAAUCCCACUGCGUUGUUGCUCUCCGCGGUGAUGAUGCUCAAGUACAUGGGCCUGAGCAACCAUGCCAAGAUCAUCGAACAGGCUGCUUACGAUACUAUAAAGGAAGCAAAGUAUUUAACCGGUGAUUUAGGCGGCACUGCAAAGUGCAGCGAGUAUACCGACGAAAUUUGCAAGAGAGUUGUCGCGCAAGUCUAAUAAAAGGCAGACAACUUUGUUUUGUUUUGUCGAAAUCUCAACUGCCAAAUACUCAUAGAAUUCACGCGUCCGCGAUGAAAGGACCGUUCGCUGUUUUCUACCACAUUUGUUGUAUCGCAGUUUCGCGCGAUUAGAAAUUUGUAAUUGGAAUCGACGGAAUGUGCCAGUAUCGUUGAGUAUUCUUUCAGUCGCUCACGUGUACGCAAAUUUUCUCCCUUUCUAAAUGUAUUAUCUCGAUUUAAGAUUUAUACAAUUCGACUCCUUGAUUUGUCAAAUUGAAUUAGAUGCUGAAACAGCAUUUAAUUUUGUUUCUUUCAUUAAACGUACAAUAUGUGCACUAUCGACUUGAUCGACCGUACACGCUUCUGUAAAUAACCAAUAUGAUAAUAUAAACCGUUGAACGUUUAAAUUGUUCAAAGAAAAGAUCUUGAUAGAGAUUGUAAAGAUUAGCCAUGUAAAUUAAAUAGUAGAAAUGCUGUAUCAUAGUUUUAAAUAAAAUUGUUAUGCGAGACGUACGUCUUACACGGUUAGAAUAAGAAUAGUUGAAAAAAUAUCGAAAUCGCGC